AUGGCAAACUUGAACUUCCAACAACCGCCCAGAAGCAUACCGAGCAGUGUUUCGUUAAGCGGGAGAGGCGGAGGAGGUGGAGGUGGAGGAGGCAAUAGUAGCGUGGUAGGAACCGGUGGGGCCUUCGGCAGUAGCGCUCUUUCCGGAGCCGGAGGUCAUGUUACGCCGACGUCCGGGAUGUUCCCUUCCGUAGUCGUUGGUGGAGGCGGUGGACCUUUUGGGCAGAACGCACCUCCCUCGCAGCAGCAGCAAAGCAAUCAAUCCUCCUCAUCCGUGGCACCCUUGUCGCCCAGCACGAACGGUGGAAGUGGAAACCCUCGAUCGGGUGGUGCUUCGGGAGUGAUGGGUGGCGCGAGUGGGCCAAAUUCGGCUGGCGGCGGCGUGGGUUUGGCCAGUAACGGUCCCAGCAGCAGCCAGCAGCAACAACUGUCAUCUUCUAACAAUGCUCUGUCGAGCGGUGGUCGAAGCAGCAACCUGUUCGGUGGGGGAGUCGGCGGUCAGCAGCGUGGUGGUGGCGGUGGUGCUGGAGGCGGUGCCGGAGGAUUCGCGGACCGAAGGACGCUAUCCGGGCUGAGCGGUCCAUCGAUGUCCAAUAUGGUUUCCUUUAUGCAGUCGCGAGGAUACGGAUCUCAAAGCGGGAAUAACAUCAAUAACUACCACGGCGUGUUCGACGGUGGUGCGGCGGAAACUGGCACCCCGCCCCUACUCGAUCUCUCCGAAUUUCCCUCGCUGACGAACGCACGCGGAGGUCAAAACGAUCAAUCCCUGCCGCAGUCGAACGCACUGCAACCUCCAGGCAGUAAACCGUACGUUGGCAUGGUAAAACAACCCACGUCCGAACAAAUCGCGUUUACGAUGUCGAACGAAGACUUUCCGGCCCUGCCUGGCACGCAGAACGCGGAAGGAAGUCAGAUGGGAGCGGCUAGCCAAGGUUUGCAAGGAGUCCACCAUCAUCACCAUCCGGACCACCACGGUGGCACUGAUAGCUUGGGCGGUAAGGGCAGUGGAGGUAGCGGGCCUGUGGGUAGCGCGGCGGGCAUGGGCAUGGAUCUGCAGAGCGAUUCCGGCAAUUCCAACGUUAACAUGGACAAGGGAGCGAUGAAGCGAGGCGUUCAGACAUCACCCAAUGGAACCGUAACGAACAUCCCUGCGACUAUGGUGAACAACCAAUUCGGCAUGGUGGGCCUGCUUACGUUCUUGCGGGCGGCGGAAACGGAUCCCAAUCUUGUGACGCUUGCGAUGGGCCAGGAUCUUAUGGCACUGGGUUUGAACUUGACCGCGGUGGAAAACCUGUACCCGUGCUUUGGUGGCCCAUUUGCGGACGCGCCUACGAGACCUCAGGAUAUCGACUACAACGUACCACCAGAGUAUUUGAUCAACAUGUCAAUAAGGGACAAGCUGUCGAAGCUAACAUUGCAGAAGUAUAAGGAUGAUCUAUUAUUUUAUUUAUUUUACACGAACGUGGGUGAUAUGAUGCAAUUAGCAGCGGCUGCCGAACUACACAGUAGAGAUUGGCGAUAUCAUACGGAGGAGAAGGUGUGGAUAACCCGUGUGCCCGGCAUGACACCGUACGAAAAAAAUGGCACAACCGAACGUGGCACGUACUACUACUUCGAUGCGCAAACUUGGCGACGAGUGCCAAAAGAAUUUCAAGUGGAUACAGUGAAGUUAGAUAAAUGUCCAAACAUAAGUGCUUACGUUGCGAUGAGUGGACAGCCUGUAUAAUAUUUAUUAAUUUGUAAUUAAACCAGAAAAUCACGGUC